CCAAGCUUUAGCGCAUGCCGUGUGUUCUCAUUUCUCCCUGAAUUCUCUCUUCGAGGCCGAGUCUUCGUCUCUCCGUAACGAUAUUCAUAUAGCGCCCACUUGCGCAGGGCUCACGCUCUCUCUUGAAUGUCGGCGUCGCACAGGAUCUUCUGCGCCAUCACUCUCCCUCACCCUCCUCGUUUCUCGCCCUCUUCACUCUUCAAUUCCAGGGCCUUCCUCUCCACUUCCCACUUCAUUUUUCCCCGCUCUCUCGCCCUCCCGCCUCUAAUUUCUUCCCCUUUUCACCUUUCUCCUCAUUCUCGAUCGAUCAUGCCUUACAAUCAGCGAAGUGAUGGUCGCAGAGAACAAAAGUGGAAAGAGAAGGCGAAGCUUGACAGAACUUCUACAGAGUCAGAGGCUGCUGCUGAAGUUGUCACUAAUGCACUUGGUAAAUUGAGAGUCAGUGAAAGUGGUCAACCUCAUGUUCCUAUUUCUAGUAGGGAGUUUGGAAAUGCGCAGCUAACAAACCAGGUCCCCUCUGGGCUUGGAAAUAGAGGGAUUUGGAAACCGAAAGCAUAUGGAACAACCAGUGGGGGGGCAGCAGUGGUUGAAGCUGAAAAGGCACCUGCCGUUGGAACAUCUAUUGAAAACAAGGGGAACACUGCUGGACUAGCUGCACAGAAUGGCACUGUUGGCUUGAGUCAACUAUUCAAGGGCAAUCAGAUAGAAAAUUUUACUGUGGACAACUCCACUUACACACAGGCACAAAUAAGAGCUACGUUCUAUCCUAAAUUUGAGAACGAGAAGUCAGAUCAGGAGAUUAGAACAAGGAUGAUAGAGAUGGUAUCGAAAGGCUUGGCAACAUUGGAGGUUUCACUUAAACACUCAGGGUCUUUGUUUAUGUACGCUGGCCAUGAAGGUGGAGCAUACGCCAAAAACAGCUUCGGGAAUAUAUACACUGCUGUUGGUGUUUUUGUUCUGGGAAGGAUGUUUCGAGAGGCCUGGGGAUCUAAAGCAGCAAAAAAGCAAGCAGAAUUCAAUAAUUUUCUUGAGAGUAACCGCAUGUGCAUAUCAAUGGAGUUAGUAACAGCUGUUUUGGGAGACCAUGGCCAGCGACCUCGAGAGGACUAUGUGGUAGUUACAGCAGUUACUGAUCUAGGCAAUGGAAAGCCAAAGUUCUACUCAACUGCAGAAAUAAUAGUUUUUUGUAGAGAAUGGCGCUUGCCAACUAAUCAUGUUUGGUUAUUCUCAAGCAGGAAAUCAGUGACAUCAUUUUUUGCUGCCUUUGAUGCCCUUUGUGAAGAAGGAACUGCAACAUCAGUAUGUAAGGCUCUUGAUGAAGUUGCAGAAAUAUCUGUACCAGGCUCAAAAGACCACAUAAAAGUGCAGGGUGAAAUUCUUGAGGGUCUCGUGGCCCGUAUUGUGAGCCAUGAGAGUUCAAAACACAUGGAGAAAGUAUUGGAAGAAUUUCCUUCUCUGCCAGAUGAGGAAGGAGGUGGACUUGAUUUGGGACGAAGCCUGAGGGAAAUUUGUGCUGCAAAUAGGUCAGAUGAAAAACAGCAAAUAAAGGCACUUCUUCAAAACGUUGGUAGUUCUUUCUGCCCUGACCAUUCAGACUGGUCGGGUGAUUCCCACUCAAGAACUGCAGACAGAUCUGUUUUAUCAAAAUUCUUACAAACCAGCCCGACUGAUUUUUCAACCUCCAAAUUACAGGAAAUGAUUCGUCUAAUGAGAGAAAAACGUCUACCAGCUGCCUUCAAAUGUUAUCAUAAUUUCCACAAAGUUGGUUCUAUAUCAAAUGACGACCUUUUCUAUAAGAUGGUCAUUCAUGUUCACAGCGACUCUGCUUUUCGGCGAUAUCAAAAAGAAAUGAGGCACAAGCCAGGUUUGUGGCCACUAUAUCGAGGAUUUUUUGUUGACAUUAAUUUAUUCAAAGCAAACAAGGACAAGGCUGCUGAAAUCAUGAAAAGCAAAAGCAAUUUGAUGGAGGUUGAAGGCAAUGGCAUCUUGGGAAGAGAUGGACUUGCUGAUGAAGAUGCAAAUCUGAUGAUCAAACUAAAAUUUCUUACAUAUAAGUUACGGACUUUUUUGAUUCGCAAUGGCUUGUCAAUUCUCUUCAAAGAAGGUCCAGCUGCAUACAAGGCCUAUUACUUGAGGCAAAUGAAGCUGUGGGGUACUUCAGUUGGAAAACAAAGGGAGCUCAGCAAGAUGCUUGAUGAAUGGGCUGUAUACUUGAGGAGGAAGUAUGGAAAUAGACAACUGUCAUCAGCUACCUAUCUUAGUGAAGCUGAACCUUUUCUUGAACAAUAUGCUAAACGCAGUCCUCAGAAUCAGGCUCUUAUCGGAUCUGCUGGAAAUUUAGUUAGAGCAGAAGAUUUCUUGGCCAUUGUGGAGGAAGGAAUGGAUGAAGAGGGUGAUCUUCAAAAGGAACAGGAGGUAGCACCAUCAAGUCCAAUGCUCCCUGGGAAGGACACUGUGUCAAAAGCAGAGGGUUUAAUUGUGUUUUUCCCAGGAAUCCCAGGCUGUGCGAAGUCUGCUCUUUGCAGGGAGAUACUCAAUGCUCCGGGAGGACUUGGAGAUGAUCGACCAGUCAAGAGUCUAAUGGGUGACCUGAUCAAAGGAAGAUAUUGGCAGAAGGUUGUUGAUGAGCGUAGGAGAAAACCGUACUCCAUAAUGCUUGCAGACAAAAAUGCACCAAAUGAAGAAGUGUGGAGACAAAUUGAAGAUAUGUGUCAUAGCACAAGAGCCUCUGCAGUUCCAGUUGUACCUGAUUCUGAAGGAACUGAUGGUAACCCCUUCUCUCUUGAUGCACUGGCUGUCUUCAUGUUCCGUGUGCUGCAAAGAGUUAACCAUCCAGGAAAUCUCGACAAGGCAUCUCCUAAUGCAGGCUAUGUCCUACUAAUGUUUUAUCACCUUUAUGAGGGCAAGAGUCGCAGAGAAUUUGAGGAUGAGCUUAUUGAUCGAUUCGGGUCUCUGGUAAAGAUGCCAUUGCUGAAAUGUGAUAGGAGUCCCUUGCCUGAUAAUUUGAAGACUAUUUUAGAAGAAGGAUUAAGUCUGUAUAAGCUCCAUACUAGUAGACAUGGAAGGGCGGACUCUACUAAAGGUUCCUAUGCAAAAGAAUGGGCGAAAUGGGAGAAGCAAUUGCGAGAAACUUUGUUUGGUAACACUGAAUAUCUCAAUUCUAUUCAGGUUCCGUUUGAGGUUGCUGUUCAAGAUGUGUUGGAGCAAUUAAAGAAAAUUGCGAAGGGUGACUAUAAAACCCCUAUUUCAGAGAGGAGGAAGUCUGCAACCAUAGUGUUUGCUGCAGUCAGUCUUCCUGUGCAGGAGAUUCAAAAUCUUCUUGACACUUUGGGCAAGAAGAAUCCCCAUGUUGAAUCCUUCCUUAAACAAGACUACAAGGAUUAUACACUUAAAGCGGCUCAUGUCACACUCGCACACAAGAGAAGCCAUGGUGUUAAAGCUGUAGCCGAUUACGGUAUUUUCCAAAACAAAGAGGUUCCGGUUGAGUUGACUGCCCUACUUUUCUCAGAUAAAAUGGCUGCCUUUGAAGCCCACCUCGGCAGUGUCGAGGAUGAAAGAGUGGUUUCGAAAAAUGAGUGGCCCCAUGUAACAUUAUGGACUAGAGAAGGGGUUGCAGCAAAAGAGGCCAACACAUUACCACAGUUAGUUUCAGAGGGAAAAGCAACUCUUGUUGAACUCAAUCCUCCCACUAUCAUAUCAGGCACUGUGAAAUUCUUUUAGCCUUCCUCCAUUUCUCUUCAUUAUCAGGUUGAUAUGACACAGAAAUAAAUGGAACGGAAAAAUUCCCAAGGCAUAAAAUUUGGUUGCUGAGGUUUUAGAUGCAGGUAAUAAGAAGUUUUGUAGAAAGUCCUCUUAUGACAAAAUGUUGGAUGUAUAGCCACUUUGAUCUUCCCGUAACGGUAUGAUUAAAUUGGAAAUUUUGUCUAUUAAUAAUAUGGGUUUUAUUUGAAAACAUUUGAAAGAGCAUUUUGUAGUUUUGAGAUGAUGGAGGAUUAUUUUUUCCCUCGAGUUUAGAUGGUUGAUAAAUUAGAUGAACAGGCAUGAGCCUUGAUAUAUAAAUCCUGUAGUUCUUGUUCAUUUU